UCAGAUGCUUCUGGGUCGCGGUCGAGUCGCUUCUUGGUUUGAGUGCGCCUGCGCGAGUCGGAUCCUGCAAGCAGCUUGCAAGUGCUAAAGAGACCUGGUCGGUCGGCGAGGGAUGGCGGUCAGCGGCAGUACGGCCGCCGUGGCCCCUACUCCGGGUCGGCUCCUGCUGCUGCUGCUGCUGCUGCUGGGGCUCACGGCUCCCAACGCCGCCUUGGCGGGCUACGUGGAGGUGUUGGCAGCCAACGCAGGCACACGCUUUGCUGUCGCUGAACCCCAGAUAGCAAUGGUCUGCGGGAAGCCGAACAUGCACGUGAACAUCCAGACUGGAAAGUGGGAGCCUGACCCCACGGGUACCAAGAGCUGCUUCAGAAACAAAGAGAUGAUUCUCCAGUACUGCCAGGAGAUGUACCGCAAGCUGCAGAUCACGAAUGUGGUGGAAGCCAACCAGGAGGUCACUAUAGACAACUGGUGUCUCCGGGACCAGAAGCAGUGUCAGAGCCACCAGGUGACCCCCUUCAAGUGUCUGGUGGGCGAGUUCGUGAGUGACGUCCUGCUGGUGCCUGAGAAAUGCCAGUUCUUCCACAAGGAGCACAUGGAAGUGUGUGAAAACCACCAACAGUGGCACACAAUGGUCAAAGAGGCCUGUUUGACCCAGGGGAUGGCGCUGUACAGCUAUGGCAUGCUGCUGCCUUGCGGCUUGGACGAGUUUCACGGCACCGAGUUCGUGUGCUGCCCCCAAGCCAAGGUCAUGGCAUCUGCCAUGGUGAAGGAGAACGAGGGCGAGGAUGAUGAUGAUGAGGAUGAUGUUGAUGAGGACGAGGACGAAGAGGAGGAGGACUAUGAUCUCUAUAAAAGAGAGUUUCCUACUGAAGCGGAUUUGGAAGACUUCACAGAGGCAGCUGUGGAGGAGGAUGAGGAGGUGGAGCAGGAAGACGAAGAGGAGGAGGAGGAAGAGGAUGAGGAGGAGGAGGAUGAGGAUGAUAUAGUGGAGGAAGAUCGUGACUACUAUUAUGACAGCUACAAGGGGGAUGACUACAAGGAAGAAAACCCCACAGAGCCCAGCCCAGUCUUGGAGAAGGUCGCCGCUCAUGAUGCUAAAGCUGUCUGCUCCCAGGAGGCCAUGACCGGGCCCUGCCGGGCAGUGAUGCCCCGCUGGUACUUCGACCUCGCCCAGGGCAAGUGCGUGCACUUUAUCUAUGGCGGCUGCGGAGGCAACAGGAACAAUUUUGAGUCUGAGGACUAUUGUAUGGCUGUGUGUAAGACCAUGAUUCCCCCCACACCACUGCCCACCAGUGACGUGGAUGUGUACUUCGAGACGUCAGCUGAUGACAAUGAGCAUGCCCGCUUCCAGAAGGCCAAGGAGCAGCUGGAGAUCCGCCACCGGCACCGCAUGGACCGGGUGAAGAAGGAGUGGGAAGAGGCUGAGCUGCAGGCCAAGAACCUCCCCAAAGCUGAGAGGCAGACACUCAUCCAGCACUUCCAGGCCAUGGUGAAAGCUUUGGAAAAAGAAGCCGCCAGCGAGAAGCAGCAGCUGGUGGAGACGCAUCUGGCCCGUGUGGAAGCCAUGCUUAAUGACCGCCGGGGCAUGGCCCUGGAGAGCUACCUGGCCACCCUGCAGGCAGACCCGCCACGGCCUCACCGCAUCCUCCAGGCCCUGCAGCGUUAUGUCCGUGUGGAGAACAAAGACCGUCUACACACCAUCCGUCACUACCAGCAUGUAUUGGCCGUGGACCCAGAGAAGGCGGCCCAGAUGAAGCCCCAGGUCAUGACACACCUCCACGUGAUCGAGGAGCGGAGAAACCAGAGCCUGUCUCUGGUCUACAAGGUCCCCUACGUCGCCCAGGAGAUUCAGGAGGAAAUUGACGAUCUGCUUCGGGAGCAGCAGGCAGACAUGGACCAGUUCACGGCUUCCAUCUCCGAGACCCCUGUGGACGUGCGUGUGAGCUCAGAGGAGAGCGAGGAGCUGGUGCCCUUCCACUCCUUCCACCCCUUCCCGUCCUUCUUGCCUGAGAGCGAAGGUGCAUAUGGCCAGUGGGGAGGGGUGACUGGUGGGCUGGGGCUUGUCUGCUCAAGGCCUUCCUGAGACCCUGUUUUGCUCAGUUGCCUGCUGGGAGCUGAGGCAUUCACUCACCAGCUUCACUCCAACUUCACCUUCUCACGCCUAUCUUUGGUGUUAGGAUACAGAGGUGGUCUCUGGGCCAAAGGAAGGGAAGGAUGCCCUGCUCACUGCCUUCCCAACUAGCUGGCACAAUUAUGGGGUCUCAAAGCAUCCGGUAUAAACAAGCUGUGAGGCCAGACCAGUGUGUGGAACCCGAUUCUGUUUAUUCACUGUUGCCCUGUAGAGAUGAUAAAAAUAGUGGCCGGCAGCAGGGAGCCCUGGGGUCUGUGCCAGUGACGGCCGCUGCCCUACGUAGUUGGAUGGACAGACAGAAACUCUGCAGUCCAGUUGACCCUCACUCAGAGGGACCCAGGGGUCCAGCAUCUGAUGAGGUGGAGUCAGGCCCACGCCCCUCACUGCCCCUAGCUGAAAGAAAAC